AUGCCGACUUUAAAAGUGCAAGGACAAGUUUAUCACCUGCACGGAAGCCUCCUGCCCGAGUCAGAGCGUAAUGCUCAAUUUUUGCAAAUUUAUUUUGUCGGGGAAGACGAGAAAGAAGCGAGUAUUAGGUGUUCCAACUACCCCGGUGUUAAACUUGAGCUGGUGCAUCUGCUUCAGAAAAUGCUUCAUAAUAAUAACAGGUACAUCAAGGACUUCAAGACAACCAUAGACAAAAUUCGUCCAAAUGUCAAAAGCUUUCAAGUUGUAAUCCAUGCCGAUAGAAUGCCAGCUGACGGUCACCGUGGUCGCUAUAACGCUCCGACAGCAAGCGAAGUUGGUCUGGUGAUAGUGGGACAGCAAUUUGAAAAACGUGAUAUUAUUAUUCACAGUCAUGGCAAUCGAUUACAACGCAUCAGUGAACUUCAUCGAUCAUAUGACGCUCUGUAA